CUUCACUCCGGCGAACUGCCGCGCGCUCUCUCGGCAUCCCUGCCGGGAAAUGAACUGCAGUUCUGCCGAAGCGCAACGGGGGGAGACGUGAAGGAACGAGCCGGCAACGCUUCUGCCUCUCUCUCUCUCUCCUCUCUCUCCGUGCCUCCUCACUCCCGCCCUCCUCCAUAGAGAUCAAGGUAGCCAGCGGAAAAGUCACGCUGGCAGGCAGGCAGGCGAUCGAGUAGCGCGCGGGGCUGCUUGGCUCUCGGGAAACCAGCACGGACGGGGCAAAGGGAACUUGGGGGGGGGGGGCGCUGUGCAAAGGGUGGACUUCAUCAAAGCUUAUGGACCGCUGAACAUCUCGAGGAUGAAGACCAAACGUGGCAUCUUGCAGGAUUCCGAGCUGUGAUUGUUUAGUAUAAGGGCAGCUAAAGUUUUCUUUUUAAAAGUUUCUGAGAUAAAGUGCCCCCCCUCAUGUGACAGAAACGCAGGAAGACCAGGGAGCCGGUCUGAAUGCAAGUCAACUUGGAAGAAGCCUUUAUUUUGGAGUUAACCCAGAGGAGUUUUUUUUAAUCAUUCAUCAUGAAGAGUGUAGUGGAAGACUGCUUCAGAGUAACUGCCUUGCUAUUCAUAGCUCAAGCAGUUUCUGCUAUGGUACUCCCCAAUGCAACACUAUUUGAGGAGAUGCUAGAAAAAUACAUGGACGAGGAUGGCGAAUGGUGGAUCGCCAAGCAAAGAGGAAAAAGAGCUAUCACUGACAGUGAUAUGCAAAGUAUCUUGGAUCUUCAUAAUAAAUUACGGGGUCAGGUGUAUCCACAAGCUUCCAAUAUGGAAUAUAUGACAUGGGAUGUAGAGCUGGAGAGAUCAGCACAAUCCUGGGCUGAGACAUGUCUUUGGGAACAUGGUCCUGCAAGUCUUCUUCCAUCCAUUGGACAGAAUUUGGGAGCACACUGGGGAAGAUAUAGACCUCUAACAUUUCAUGUCCAAGCAUGGUAUGAUGAAGUGAGAGACUUCAGCUAUCCUUAUCCUCAAGAAUGCAACCCUUAUUGCCCUUAUAGAUGUUCUGGUCCUGUAUGUACCCAUUAUACACAGGUGGUAUGGGCCACAAGUAGCAGAAUAGGUUGUGCAGUUAAUUUGUGCCAUAACAUGAAUGUCUGGGGACAGAUAUGGCCAAAAGCCAUUUACCUGGUGUGCAAUUAUUCUCCCAAGGGUAAUUGGUGGGGGCAUGCGCCAUACAAGCAUGGUCGCCCAUGUUCUGCAUGUCCACCUAGUUUUGGAGGAGGCUGUAGAGAAAAUCUUUGUUAUAAAGGUGUGUAUUCAGCAAAUUAAAUUGUAUCUGCUGCC